GGAAAGGAUUGCCCCGUGACCAGAGAACUAUGAACUGGUUUGGAAGUGACUUCUCCAGGUUUUCCGAGGAUGUGUGCUUUCUCAGUGUGCACUCUCCUCUGUCGUUCUCCCUCUUGUCAUCUGAAGAUGAACAUUUAAUUUCCAACUGGAGGAGCCACGCGCCAGCCCAGGCCGUGGUGAAGCAGCCAGUACGGGGAGCCAGAGGCCGGACCUUGGUCACCACUGUUGUCCGGACCGGCGGGGACUGGAGCACCGGCCUCUUCAGCGUCUGCAGAGACAAGCGGAUCUGUUUCUGUGGUCUGUUUUGUCCCAUGUGUCUCGAGUGUGACAUCGCCAGGCAUUACGGAGAGUGCUUUUGUUGGCCGUUGUUACCUGGGUCCACCUUUGCACUGAGAGUUGGCACCAGAGAGAGACAUAAAAUAUGGGGCACGCUGUGUGAGGACUGGCUGGCCGUGCACUGCUGCUGGCCUCUGUCCAUCUGUCAGGUGGCCCGGGAGCUCAAGAUGAGGACCUCCCAACUCUACGAAAUCUCAGCGGCCCCUUCAACGAAGGACACCUUGGCUUGACAAAGAAAGCAAGACACUCCUCCUCCCUCCCCCUUGCCCUCCUCUCAAAACCCUCUUAGUAGAGAGAUCAUUCUUCUUGUUAAGUUUUCACGGAAAUAGAUGAAAAUAAACGAUUCCCCCUGCUGUGCUGUCUUGACUGCCGCUGCUGCUUUCCACCUCCCCCCAGUGAAGACUGUUUGUCUAGGCUUGCUGAGCCCGGAGUUUCGGAAGGCUGCAUUUUUCAUCAUCUUCCCACUGCCCUCCUUUCCCGAGGCUGUCUGGGAAGCCGGGAGAAUUGCUAUACGGCUUCCUUAUGCCAAGCCCCCUUCCCCAAAGCACCAGUGCUGGGCAGGAGGUGGUUCAUUUUUGUUAGCACCUGGGCUGGGCACACAACGUCAUGGAAAUACAGAAGCAUUAUCCCGACUCCUUCAU